CCGGCGAGGUUGGACACUCUCACAACGUUCGGCGCAGUUCGCGUUGUUUACCUUACGUAUCUCGCUUAUAUUAGUGUCGAUUUCUCGACUGGUGUUUAGUUCCGAUUUUUCGUAACCAUUGGACUGACGUGAUUGUGUUUGUUUGUUUUCUGUUUUCGCAAGCCGGCUCACGUGGAUUUGAUAGUGGCCAAGCUGAUAAAGAGGGGUUGGAAACCUCGAAUGAUAGUGUCGAUGGAGACAAAGCUAAUCAAAGAGGAAGCUCCCGAACGAGAUAGCAACUCCAGCAGCAAAGAGGGUUCCACUAGCCUACCUCGAUGUCGAAAAGGUGUAAAAGACAGAGUGAAGUCACCUGACAGCCCGGAAGGAGCCAGGGUGCAUCAAGUCCGCGGCUCGCCUCCAGUCGCCGCCCCCACAACUGCCCCCUCGACUCCAACCCCCACCCCCGCCCCGACUAGCCAGCCCACCAGCCCCAAGGUACCCUUCCAGAACGGCUCAUCGACACCACCUCUUUAUGCUCAAAAUGGCUCAACCAGUCCCGCGCUGUCCAUCAGCCUCUCAGACUCCGGUCCACCUCUAGGUCGUCCCCUCGGCAAGAUCAAGAGGUUCCUCAGCACUCUGGUCCAGUUCGGCCAGGACAUCUCACCCGAAACUGGAGAAAGAGUCAAGGCGCUCGUCCUCAAUCUUGUUGGCACAGGAUUGUCUGUGGAGGAGUUCCACCACUCCCUGCAAGAAGUUACCAACUUUCCCCUAAGACCAUUCGUGCUGCCCUUCCUGCGAGCUUACCUACCUGCCCUCCAGAGGGAGUUGGGAGUCCAUGCACGACUCGCUAAACAGACGAUAUCACAAUACAUCAGGCAACAUGAGCAUAGCGUGCUAGAUCCUGCCUUCUCUCCUAGUGAACCUAGCGAAAUAUUCCAUCACACCGAGACCCACGCAGAGAAACGCAGGGCUGACAGUUACUAUGAAAAUGGGCUUGAGGACUCGGUCUAUAUGCCCCCUGCCGCCAAGCGUCCCCACCAUGGUGGAGGAUUGCUGUUCCCUCUUCAUCCCUUAGCACUGCCCCCUGCCCACCUGCUGCCUCCUGACUACAGUCACUAUCCUCCCCUUCAUCCUGGCCAGCGAGAAGGUGAUGAGCGGCGCACACACGGAGAGGAUGAGUGGAAAAACAUUCACGUGAUGUUGAAUUGUAUCCUGAGCAUGGUGGAGAAAACUAAGCGAGCACUGAGCAUCCUGCAGCAGCGUGCUGGAGAGAAUGGCCAUGUAAGUUCAAAUGAGUGGCUGCCAAGGCGCGAUGCCUUGCGCACCAGUGCCCCUUCCCACUCAGCUGAGGAUGUCAAGCGUACAGCUGGUGAGCUGAUGGCACAAACAAUCCGACUCACAGAAGACAGAGUGGCUGAAGUCCGCAGGAAAGCAGAGGAAGCGGUGAACGAAGUAAAGCGCCAGGCAGUAGCUGAGCUACAGAGGGCAGUAGCGGCGGCAGAGACCAAGGCCUGCGAGCUGGUGGCUGCUGAGAGGGCCAAGAUGGAGAAACUGGUGGCAGAAGCUAGGAAGCAAGCAGUGGAGGAGGUGGUGGCAGGGAGUGGUGGGGCAGGAGCUGUGGCAGGGACAGCCCCCACAGAGAGGUCCGAUUCCCCACCCACGCCCUCACAGCAAAAUAGUUGCUGGAACUGUGGACGAAAGGCCAACGAGACCUGCAGUGGCUGUAACACCGCACGAUACUGUGGCGCAUUCUGCCAACACAAGGACUGGGAGACCCACCAUGCUGUCUGCUGUGCACGCUCAGACAAGCGACCGGUACUCACCCCUCGUGCGGCCACACCAGCAGAGGCAAGCAACAAGUGACGCGCAGCUAAACCACGCCCCUUGCGCCAUCGUCUCAACAGCAAACUGAAGAAACCGUGAAUCUACCAUAAAUAAUUAAGUGUAUUGAUCGCAUGUUAUUUUUAAAUGUGUAAUUUUCCGGCAUUUUCUCUAAAUUAAAACGAUACUGAUAAAACAUACUUCUAAAAUUUCUAUUUUAUCAUCUCAAAUGAGAUGAUUUCUCAUCACAGUAUUUAUAUGUUACAAAUUACAUUAAACGUUUCAGAAGAACAUCAGCAUAAUGUUGAUUGGUAAAACUUCAUUAUCAACCAAUAUUUAGAGAUACAUUUUUGUGUGAUAAAUAAUUUAACUAAUUAAUGAAAUUGAUUAUAAUUUAAAAUUAAGUCUGAGUCAAACAGUGUUUUAUAAGUAUUUAAUGAACAACAUGAAAGGCUAUUGUUUCUUCCACAGGAGGUACUAAAACCAUUACCAUUUCUAACGAAUUACUCCAAAAUACAAAUGAUAACAACCAAAAUAUAAUUAAAUAAUAAUUAUGACCUCCUGUAGGUUACAAAAUCACUAACAAUACAUUUAGAAAACAAUAAACUUGAACACACAAUUCCUCUUUGAUAUUAUCACUUAUUUCUUUGAUUACUGUAUGAGAAAAAUAGGCUAAUUAUUACACUUUGCAUUUGUUUUACUUUCUUUUAAUAAAUUAUAUUUAGGAACUUAAAUACCGUAUCUAUACACUGUGCAAAAGUUUUCAAUUUUCCUUUGAUGGAAGUUGAGCCUAUUGAUAAAAUAUGUGUAAGGCCAUCACUGAUAUUCGUAACUGAAGUAUAUUUUUGUCAGCAUCGUUCUAUUCUGCCUAUUUAUUAACUGCUGAAUCAUAAGUGGAUUAGACGAAUUUUGUUGUUGUAUGCAAUAAUUCCAUAUUUCUUUCAAGACUGGUAUUUGAAAAUUAAAAAUUAUCAGUAACUAUGGAAAUUAAUCUGCAUACUUCACUUACAUUCCAAAAGCUUUUUAUCACAGUUUUUUUUUUAAGAACAAUUUAUAUCUGCAUACAAAUUUAUUGCAACUGUGAGUAAUUCUUUUUUUCAAUUAGUUUCAACAAUUCUAUAAUAUCUAUACAUUUAUUCUCUAUGUAAUGAGUUUAGUGAAAGUAUGUAACUCGUUUAUCUCAUAUAAAAAAUCCUAUUAUGUACUGUUAUAAGUGAGUAUUAUAAGAUGUCUCAAUUGUUAUGAAAUAGUUAUCUUUAAAUUUGAUUCAGUUAGCUCAUUUCCUAAUUAACCUUAAUAUUUCUUAAUCAUAUGUUUUUCCACUUAUGGUCACAUUUUUACAACUCAUGUAAUAUUGUUGGUAACACAGCAUAUCAUUAAUUGUAAACUGAUAAUGUUACACCAUUUAGAUGUUGAAUGGUUCCAUACACUUCCACUGUUGAGAUGUUUAAUGGCUCGCAUUUAUGGAAUCGCUGCACUUGAAGCAAUCUAUAACCUAGACAUUCUUACUUAGAUGUGGAACAUUCACGUUGUGCGUAGAUGAGUGUCAUCGGUGUUAUUCUACGUUUCAUCAACACCAGUUUUACAGUUAGUUUAAAGGAACAUUCUUGCAUACGUUUCAAACAUUGUUUGCAGUGCUUAGUCCCACAGACUAGGCUUAAACAUCUUGAAAUCAUAUAAAAUAUUAAUUACAAAGUGUUAUUAAAAUAACACUACUAGUUUUUAAUAUGAAUUCAAUAUGUACUUUUUACUGAAAUACAUAAGUACCUGUAAAAGUUGAACAGGAUAAAUUAUACUAUUAACAUUAAGUUUAAUUAUUUAAAAAUAUACCUAAUUUCAGUUAAGUAAUAAAUAAUAAAACAAAUUAAUUCAGAACUAAUAAUAUUAUAUGUGAGAGAAAACAGUUUGAAACAAAAACAAAAGCUCACUCACUAUUGCUAUCAUCAAAUACUAUUUUCACCCUCUGUAUUUUUUGUUGUAAGAAGAGUUAAAGAUUAGUGCAGACUUGGAAAUUUAAAAUAAUGUUAGAAACUCCCCUGCUCAGUGAAGCACAUUUUCUACUACUAACAUAGGAUUAAGGAUCCACACUCCAAGAUCUACAAUUUUCUUCAAGAUCAAAAAGCAUUGUGUAGUAUAUGUGAUCAUAUCUCGAAAAACUGACAUUCUAAUCAAAUGUUUGGAUCCUAAAUGUCUUUAAAUAUUGAAACAAAACUUAUAAACUAAAAUUUAAAAAAAUUAUCUACAAGAUAAUGUUAACGAGUUCCCAGAAUUGUUAACUAUGAACUGCCUGCAAAGAACUUGUUGAAAACCUAUAACCCAUUCUUCAUAAAGAAGCUAUGUAACAACAUAUAGGAAACAGGGUUAAAAUAGGAAGGACAACUUAUUCAAAUCAUAGUUUUAGAAAACUUGAGUUAAGAAUACUUGAAUGCAGGAAAGGGACUAAUAAUGCAACAAUAAAAAAUCACCAAAUGAAUGAAACUUAGUGUUUGAUGGCUCCUUAGAACUAGCUAUGCAACUGGAAAAUAGAAAAACAUCAUUGUUCUAAUAGUAAAGCAAUCUCUCAUUUGAAUAGGUUAGUUCUACUUUUCUAUCGGAGUGUACUUAUGUAAAUAUGAUGUUAAAUAUACGAGUAGGCUAAAUGGUUUGUUUUGGGCCAGCUGGUCAGUUGAAAUAGUCGACUUUAAUCUUUUAUUGCUCAAUAUCUCCUACAAUCAGUUCCCUAUAGUUGAACAUUUUUCUGUUAAUAAUUGUUUAAGUUUGAACUUAAAAUAACUUUGUAGUUUUAACUUAAUAAUAAUUUACAAAUAUUGUGGUAACUAAGCCAAACACUUGGGUAGACCAAAUAAAAUAUAAUAUAAGUUUUUUUUUUAAAUUACAAAGCCAGUGUGAUUUUAUUUAUGCAAUAUCAAAACACUGCCACUUUUAAAACUUAUUUAUUCAUUAACAGUGUGUAAACAUAUUUUGUGUGUAUUAAAUUUGUAUACUGAUGUUUUUUAAUUUCUUAAGUUUUUUACUGCAUUAAUCCAAUUGAACUGAUUUUUUUCAUCUUAAAAAGUUGGUAGAACCAAUCUAUAUCUACCUGUUUGUCAAAAAAUAUACUUAAUAAAUCCGCAUAAUCUAAAAUCUGAUUUUAAAUUCGUUAUUUAGUGAUACCUCUGAUGGAAAAACUAAAAUAUGAAAUAAGUUUAUAUAUGUAAUUCAAGAACUGUCAUUUCUGAUUUAAAUAGUGGUAGUUUUAUUUGUUUUUAAGUGUAGAAUGUCAAAGAGUACUUGUCACUUAUUACCACGCUAGACUUUCAAUGAUUGCAGUUCUUGUUACUUUUUGUAAAUUUUGUGUUUUAUCUUGCGUCUUCUUGCUUGAAUACCAAAGGGAUAAGUUCCAUGUAAAUUUGUUGUUACCAUUUGUUAGUACAAUUGUUUAUUGAAGACUGCACUAGUUUCUUUAGUUUUAUUGUCAUCUAGUCAUUAUGGUAUUGUUUGUUUGUAAAAUUUACCUAUUUAGAGCUAGACGACUCAGAGUGAUCAAACGGCCACUGUAAGGCACAGUUUUAAAUUUAACAGUUUGAGAUUUGCAGAAUUGACAUAUGAAUGGAAUGAGAAAAAUACAACUUUCUUUAACACGUUUGAUACACUCUAUUUUUAAUUUCUUGAUUUUUUACAAAUGCUAACAUUUAAUUUCAAAGUUUUGGAAAUAUAUAACGUGAAGUUAUAACAGAUGAGAUAAGGAAACUAUACGUUUCCUGCCUAUAAUUGUUUUUGGUUCCUCAAACUGUAAAAUAUUGUAACUGUUGGCUUUAAAGUAACUUUUUGAUCAUUCAACUGUAUUAUAUAGUUUGUGAAUAAGUGCAAUCAUAAUCAUGUAUGUUGAAAAAAUAGUUUUUAUAUUAUAUAAUUUACAGUUUUAUUAAAAUAUAGUUUAUAAUCUGUGAACCUUUACACUUUGACGUUGUAAUAAAAUUACUAUAAAAUAUUUAAUAUUUUAAAUUUUUCUACUUUUAAAAUCCUAUCCAAAUAAUUUAUUGCCACAUACAAGCUUAUAUCAUAAGGGUGGAUUUUAAGUCAAUCAAUUUAAAUUUAAGCCAAUAAUACAUAAAAACUACUUUUUAAGAGAACAAAUUGUCCUCUGUUGAUCUGAAAUACUUUUACAUUCUAAGGAAAUUUAAAUGAAAUUUUAAUUUACUAUAUAUAUCCAAUUGUAUGAUUAUAACAAUGUAUUUUAAUGUAAUUGUAUUAAAAAGCAAUAUUGUACAAAUUAAGCAUAGACUGGAUAGCAGCUUAAGUGCAAUAAAUAAGGGGAAUUAGUUUGAAUUAAAACUGCUUAUAAGGAUCCGGAUUUGGAAACCCAUGCUCAAUGGUUUUAAAAUUUGUACUAUCAAACCAUCUAGUUCUGCAAAUUAAAUUUAUUACAAUUACUGGAAACUAUCUAAAAACUAUAAGACAACAGUUUUAUAGUGAUUCUUUAUUAAUUAUGAAUCAGUCUUUACACAUACUAUAUAUGAGAUAUAUAUUUCUUAUGUUUUCUCUACAGUGUCUCUCUAUAUAUCUAAUGUAGUAUAUUUUAUUUUGUAUUAAUUUAUUCAUUCUCAGUUUUCUCAUUGCCAAAAGGUUGAUCCAACUUCCACAAUUCUAAUUAGUUUUAUUACUAAUAUAUAGGACUUUUACUUAUCCAAAUUUAUAUAAAUGUCUUAGGCUCAAAGAACUUUCCUUAUGCUAAAAGUUAAAGUAAUAUUCUGCAGAAUUUAAAGAUACAGUUUGCAGGAUUUCUUUAAGAGGUAACAAAAUUAUUCUGCCGAUCCCCAACAGGCUGUAUUGAUUAUCCCAAGAAUGCGUGACCACAUCCAAGCUUCCACCUAAUUCUGAAAGGUUCAUCAGGGAUCCCAAGAUGAGUUUUCUCUAGAACAACUGGGUACAAGAUCCUCUAAUCCCCUAUACAUGUCACCAAAACGAUGCCAGAGUUUUAAUUCUUAUUAAACAUUUUGGAAUGUGGUGCAUCAGACAUAAAACAUAGCCUCCUUCACCUUGUCCGUCCGGUCUUCUCGGUGGUCUCUCAGACACUCAUCUUCCUUGUAAUUCAGACGGACCCUGCAGAUGCAGGGCCUGCGUCCUAUUUGGUUACAUUCCUAAGCAUCUUCAUCAGGUCAAAGCCCCUGAAAUCUAUCUAUAAUAUUUAUGUUGACAGUGAUUCAUCUACCCAGAUGACAAUGACUUCUUACAGCAAUCCCUGUCAGUAUAACAUGUUGAAGAAUGUAAUUGAGUAUUUAUUUUGAAUCAGUUUAUCUCACUACGUUAUGAUAUAAGUUAAGAAACACUACAAUUUCCCAACUUCUACAGUAUGUUCUUGUUAUCAAAUAGAGUUUCCAAUAAAAUAUGUGUUUAUGAAUAAAUAAUAUUCUCACAUGUAUAAUUACAUUUUUUAUAUCUUGACUGAAUAUGUUUACCCAAUAUAAACAAUAAAGUUUUAUUUUAUUUAAUAGUAAUGUCUGAAAAAUCUAUCUCUUCAAUGUGCUGGUUGUAUGAAUUUUAAGAUAUUCAAAUUAAAUAAUAGUCUAUUUUUAUGAGAGCAAAAUUGAUCUUGAAAUAGUUAGGAAUGUUUUUCAAAUUGAGCUUCAUUUUAGUAAAAAAAACUCAACAUUGUGAAAUAUUUUGUGAAUUUUAAAAUCAAAUAAUUGUACAUUUAUUAUUAUUAUUUUGCAUCCUAAUAUUUCAACGACAAUUGAUGUAUUUUAAGUGUUUCAAGCACAGUUAAUAUGUGAUGUCCAUUCCAUUUUGAAAAAUAGUCAUUUCUAUGUUGAUAACAAUAUACACUAGUUUUGCUGUAUUCCAACUGUUAAUUUUCAAUUUUUCUCAGGUAUUUUUUUCUAGUUGUAUUUGACUUGCAGUGUACUACUGAAAAUAAAUCUCAUCUAUGGUUACUUUUUA